UCCGUGGGGAGAGGCAACUGUUAUGGAAGUGGUUGUCUCUUGAAUUUACUUCACUGUAUUUUCACUCACCCUAAAUGGAAUAACGUCUUUGGGGAUUCACUGCUUGUUAAAUUUGUUCGGGAUAUAGAAACUGAGCGAAGAGCCUGGCAUGAUAUAGAAAGAGCUCGCGCGUUAUUUAUUUUCUCUUGACCGCUUCAUGUUUGUGGAUAGCGCGACAAAACAUACGCAGUUGUCUACUUGUGCAUGUUAAAAUUGGGUUUCUAUCGGAAUGGUUGUGAUAGUCUCGGUAAAUUAAGUUUUAAGACGCGCACACGGUGCUUGUGUUGUUUAGUUUGUCUUGGAGUUCAAAUAUAGCCUAGCCGACGCUCGGUCAAAACAAGCAGUUAUAUCUACAUGUGAAUAUAUGGAUUGCAGUAUAUGGCCCUCGUCUGCUGUUGCAAAAUGCAAUGGGACGAAGUGAGGCAUUUCGACCGCCAGAAUAUAUUUGCUUCACUUUCAAGCCUGAUAAGCAGGUCUAGCAAGGACAGUCAAAAAUGUGAUCCGGUGAUUGAUACUCUACCAGAUUAGUUGUGCACCAGUAGCAAUGGAGCGGAGCAAACGCAACUCCAUUGCUGGGUUCCCCAUGCGACCAGAUCGGCUGGAGGACCCGGAUUGUGGAGGAGGAGCAGAAACCGUUCCGGCACCGCUGGACAGGGUGUGUCCCUCGUCUUACCGGGCCCUCAUCAGUGCCUUUUCUUGCCUGACCCGACUUGAUGACUUCAUCUGCGAGUGGAUUGGCUCUGGGUUUUUUUCAGAGGUCUACAAGGUGCGUCACAAAGCUUCGGACCAGGUAAUGGCCCUAAAGAUGAACAAGCUGAGUAGUAAUCGUGCCAACAUGCUGCGAGAAGUUCAACUCAUGAACAGACUCUCUCACCCCAACAUACUCAGAUUUAUGGGGGUGUGUGUACAGGAAGGUCAACUCCAUGCUCUCAUCGAGUAUAUUAAUGGUGGCAACUUGGAGCAGCUGCUGGACAGCAAUAAGUACCUGAGCUGGACCACACGGGUCAAACUGGCCUCAGAGAUCGCCAUGGGCCUCAGUUACCUACACUCCAAGGGCAUUUUUCACAGAGAUCUCACCUCCAAGAACUGCCUGAUCAAGUCUGAUGAGAAUGGCUACACUGCGAUCGUCGGAGACUUCGGCCUUGCUGAGAAAAUCCCCAGUCAUGAUUUUGAGGGGGAAAAGCUGUCCGUGGUGGGAUCCCCAUUCUGGAUGGCUCCAGAAGUGUUGAGAGACGAGCAUUAUAAUGAGAAGGCUGAUGUCUUUUCGUAUGGCAUUAUUUUGUGUGAGAUAAUUGCAAGGAUACAGGCUGAUCCUGACUACCUACCACGCACUGAAAACUUUGGCCUGGAUUACCACGCCUUCCAGCACAUGGUUGGAGAUUGUCCCCCAGACUUCCUGCAGCUUGCCUUCAACUGUUGCAAUAUGGAUCCAAAGCUCAGGCCCUCGUUCCCAGAUAUAGUAAAGAGACUGGAAGAAAUCCAGAAAAAGCUGAAAGCUGACAACUCUGAGAGGGAGAGGAUGCUACUAACCGCCGGAGAGGUGGAGAAAAAAGCCUUGCCCAAAGGUCCAGGUGAAAAGGGUAUAAAGAGGUUAAAUCCUCUUGUUUUUCAGGAUGACAAGAUUCCACCCAAGUCCCCCCGUCCACAUCGCAACAUCUGUCUUUCCCGUAGCCAGUCUGAUAUUUUCUCUCGUAAGCCUGCUCGCAAAGUGAACGUCAAGGACCCUUACUACAACCCAGGACCUAGGGGCUUCAUACACGGGCAACCGAAAGUCAACCCUUUCAGUGCCAGAGAGGACUUAAAAGGUGGCAAGAUCAAGUUUUACGACAUGCCCAGCAAAUCGGUCUUCUCACUCAUGUUUGAUUUGCACUCGCCUCACGGCAGUCAAAGCUCAUACCAGCCUCACCCCAACAUUAGCACGGGAGCCUCCGGCAACAACUGCUUCCCAUCCUGGCCAGAGACCUGGCAGCUGCCCGGUCGGCAGUGCCACUCGCUACCCGUCUCUCCCCAGCUGCCCCACUCAGAUGUCUUAUUCUCAUCUCACCCCACGUCCAAGAGCGAGGCCGGACAGCCCGGCGGUGAAAGCAGGCAAAAAGCAUUGAGCAGCUGGGCUAAGAAGUACGCUGUUGCUGAGAUCCCUCCGUACAAGCCGCGAGCCGAAAGACAGGAGGAAGUGGGAGCGGCAGAGGAUUGGUCAUCUCCGGUACCCUCUGAGGGAGGAGAAUCGGAGGCCAUGGACUGCUCCAGCAGCAGAGGAAGCCCUGCGGACGAUAAGGACACGAUCCUCAGCCAGAUACAGAACAGAAGUCUCGGCGGCUUAUGCGAGGACAUGGAGGCUGAAGACCAGGAUGGCUUGAUGAUCUCCAACAAGAACUCGCUCACGCUGAGCAUGUCUGUGGAGCCACAGGAACUCUGUCCGAUAGUCCUCACAGCCUGCAAAGCUUCAUCUUCAGGAGAACGCAUCUCCAGAUGUGAUAUCUAGAUGGUUGAGGACACUUCCUCAAGUUUGAACUGAUCAGAUGUCACGCAAACAGAGAUUAUAUUCAUUAAAUAUUUAAUAUGAUUAUAAGUUAUAUAUUUUUUUUCUUUGAGGGAAAGUAAACCCUUGUAACUUAAGCUAAAAGGGCGGCUUGAAUUGAACAAAAGAGCAGGAAAAAGGUGGAAACACUGAUCCGGUCCAUGCGGUAGUAGUUACCCGUCACACUAUGAAGAACUCCAACAGUGGGAGAUUCAGUGGACGUAACCUCGCACAGGGCUAAUGAUGAGACACAUUCUGUGAUGUUUUUUUCUUUAUAAUACAUGCUAUUGGUUGCACAUACCACAAAUGCUGUUUUUUUUUUUUUCCCUACAAACAGUAUCUAAUGCUUAUUUAGGUGAGCAGCUUUGGCCAUUUCUACAUGUUUGAUUUUUUUUUUUCUUUUUUCAGAAGUUAUCGAAGAACAAAUCUCUUUGGAGAAAGGUGAUCGAGUGUCUUUUUUUUUUGCACUGCAUGGGCCUAGAAAAUACACAGCAAACAUUCCAUGUCAUCUCGCAUCUUAAAAAGGUCCUGUUUUGAUCCUACGCUAACGGUGUGUGCCAUGGUAAUUUCAAAACAAGGAUCAUUUUCACUCUUUGACCUCUCAGGUCUUCAAAAAAAAAAAAAGUCCAUGUCUGUAUCUACUUAAAAUCGUAAUUGCACUUGAAAUAAGUUAAAUGGUUUGAACUUUUUUUUAAUCUAUUUGUCACUACAUUUCUAUGCAAUAAAUUUAACCAUGGCAUGAUAGUUUUAUAGAGAGAUUUAUUUUGAUAUUUAUAAUGAAAAAAGUCAUUUUAUUAUGUCUUCAUGUCUGUGAACUGUUUAAACUGUGUUGUUGUUUAUACGAUCUGAUGAAUAGAGAUUUCUGUACAUGUUGAAAAUGGUCAUUUCUUGCUAGUUUAUUCUUAACUCUAUUUUUCUGCUUUUUCAGUCCUGACUGUUUUCUUUUAGAUUGUAGAUU